AUGGCUGAUAAUGAAAACCCAAUUCGUUUUGGAAUCAUGGGAUGUGCAGAGAUAGCCAGAAAAGUCUAUAGAGCCAUAAAAAUGGCUCCCAAUUCCACUCUUCAUGCAAUUGCGAGUCGUUCAAUCGACAAGGCAAGACAAUUUGCCGUCAGAAACAAUUUAUCGAAAGAGGUGAAACUUUAUGGGGACUACAAUGAAUUACUGGAUGAUCUAUUUGUGGAUGCUAUUUACAUGCCAUUGCCCACUAGCCUGCAUCUAAAAUGGGCAGUUUUGGCUGCUCAAAAGGGGAAGCAUUUGCUUCUGGAGAAACCCUCUGCGCUUAAUGUUAAGGAUCUUGAUAAAAUACUGGAAGCAUGUGAAUCUAAUGGGUUGCAGUUCAUGGAUGGAAGCAUGUGGUAUCAUCAUCCCAGGACUGCGAAAAUGAAGGAUUUUCUUUCUAAUUUGGAGCUAUUUGGACAAAUCAAAGCUAUCCACAGUUCAUCGUCUUAUACUGGAACACCUCAGUUUCUUGAAAACGACAUUAGAGUAAAACCAGACCUAGAUGCCCUUGGUGCACUAGGAGAUGCAGGGUGGUACUGCAUUGGUGCCAUAUUAUGGUCUAUGAACCAAAAACUACCAACAACAGUCACUGCUCUACCUGCCAUAGCCCGAAACUCGGCUGGGGUCAUCUUAUCAUGCAGUGCCUCUUUAUACUGGAACGAAGAAAAAACUGUAGCAACAUUUUACUGUUCCUUAAUCUCGCACGAAACCAUGGAUUUGGCUGUAUAUGGUUCUAAUGGGACACUUCAUGUUGAAGAUUUUAUAAUCCCUUAUGAUGAGCGUUCUGCGACAUUUAGCUUUACAUCUGGGGCUAAGUUUUUGGAUCUUCAUAUUGGGUGGAAUGUUAAACCUCAAGAAGUUCAAGUGGCUUGUCAGUUACCACAGGAGGCGAUGAUGAUUCAAGAGUUUUCGACACUUGUCAAGGGCAUAAAAAUUUCCAGACUUAGACCAGACUGCAGGUGGUCCAGUUCAACUAGAAGUACACAACUGGUGUUAGAUGCAGUAAAGAAUUCCAUAGAUAUUGGUUUUAAACCUGUUCAGAUGUAA